CUCUUCUUCCUCCUUCCCCGUGUUUCUUUCUCUCUCUGCAUCAUCGAUCAUUUCCCCGCUUUCCCUUUCCUCCUUUCUCUUCCCUUCCCUUCCCACUGUUAAAAUCACAAAUCUUUUCUUCCCCUCGAACCAACCCUUUUGAUUCUUUCCUCCACCCUUUCUCUCUCCCAGACGUCUCUCUCUCUCUCAGAAUCAUCUGACACACAAAUCAGAGGAAAAAGAAAAAACGGAAGCCGCCAUAGCCAAAACCUCCAUCACCGCCUCUGCAACAACAUCAAGAAGAAGAAGAAGAAGAAGAAGAAGAAGAAGAAGAAAGCAGCAGCAGAAGCAAACAAGCUUGCCACCACAAUCACAAUCAUAAUCAUCCUCCUCCUCGGAUUCCCCUGAUUCCAGAAACCCCCAAAUUCUCCUCACCCGCGAUUUCUGAUUCCUUCCCAUCAUUUUCGCUUCCAUCGUUGGGAAUCAGAGCGGCAGAAGUUUUGGGUGUCUCUGUUUAUGUAUGUUCGGGGAGUAAAUAUGGCUGCCGGCACAGAUUUCUCUCCUCCCUUUGCUCUGCUAGACGGCGGUGGAUACAACAAUUCCAGUAUUAACAAGGAUACCAGUAGAAACCUCUCCCCCACCGCCGACGAGAAUUCCGACGGCGUCAAGCAAAUCCCUAAUGGCAGGCCUCCCCGCCACACCAUCCCAUCAGCCAGGCUCCUCGCCGCCGCCGAUCUGGCUAUGGAUGUUGGGAUUGUCGUCAAUAAGUCGCCGUCCGAUGAGAAGACCGAUUUUUUGCCGGUCUUCCGAUCAGGGAGUUGCGCCGAGGAAGGUCCCAAGCAGUACAUGGAGGAUGAGCAUGUCUGCAUAGAUGAUCUCAACCAACAUCUGGGUUCAACCACUGCCAGCUUCUCCUCCAUGGGAGCUUUCUACGGGGUGUUUGAUGGCCAUGGAGGCACGGAUGCAGCUCUGUUUGUGAGGAACAACAUAUUGAGAUACAUAGUUGAUGACUUCCAGUUUCCUAUGUGCGUGGAGAAGGCAAUCAAGAGUGCUUUCGUGAGAGCUGAUUAUGCUUUCGCAGACGAUAGUUCUCUUGAUAUCUCGUCUGGCACCACGGCUCUCACUGCUCUUAUGCUUGGCCGGACAUUGAUCAUCGCCAAUGCUGGGGAUUGUCGAGCAGUGCUGGGUCGACGGGGCAGAGCAAUCGAGAUGUCCAAAGACCACAAACCGAACAGCACUUCUGAAAGGCUAAGAAUUGAGAAGCUUGGGGGAGUCAUCUAUGACGGCUACCUCAAUGGCCAGUUGUCGGUCUCCCGUGCACUAGGCGAUUGGCACAUGAAGGGUCCCAAGGGGUCUGCAUGUCCCCUUAGCCCGGAGCCCGAGUUGCAAGAAACAAACUUAUCCGAGGAAGACGAGUUCUUAAUAAUGGGGUGUGAUGGCCUUUGGGACGUGAUGAGCAGCCAGUGUGCAGUGACGAUAGUAAGGAAAGAGCUCAUGCUCCACAACGACCCCGAGAGGUGCUCAAGGGAGUUGGUCAGGGAAGCACUGAAGCGAAACACAUGCGAUAACUUGACGGUUAUAGUUGUUUGCUUCUCCCAGGAUCCACCGCCUCGGAUCGAGAUCCCUCAGACAAGAGUUCGCAGGAGCAUAUCGCUCGAAGGUUUGAACUUGCUCAAGGGCGUGCUUGAUGAGAACUCAUGAGCGAUGGAGGAUGGGAAUGAAUGGCCUUUGUACAGGACGUAUUCUUGAUGUCCCGCUAUCAUCGAGAAGAGCCUUGUUCAUGUUCCUUGGAAAUGCAGAACCUUAUGAUGCAAGCUAAAAAAUGUUGUACCGAUUUGGGAGAUGGUUCAUUGUUCUGAGUGGCUGAGAUGCAUGGCUUGCUGGCCUGCUGCCUUAAUUUUUGAUUUAUCCAUUGUACAUAAACAUGGAACUCAUUUUGUUACAUUUUUUACUUCAAAUGUUGUACUGUUAUUUUGAUUACAUGAUGCUAUCACAAUUUUUUAGAGAGUUCAUUGAAUUAAAUGAUCAUGUCUAUUCUUUUCUGA